CCGAAAGAUGCCUCCUUCCCCCAGAGCAGGGAAUGUGCAUGGCAAGAUUUCCCAGACUCUACUAUGAAGCUGCCAGCAACAGCUGCAAGGAGUUUGUCUAUGGAGGCUGUGGGGGAAACGACAACAACUUCGAGACACUGCAGGACUGCGAUAACAUAUGUGUCAGAGAGAUAACAACUGUCGUUUCAGGCGACCGGUGCUCCCUCUUACCGAAGCAAGAAGACUGCAAAGCCUCCACCCCACGCCUAUACUACGAUGCAGACACCAACACUUGUCAAAUGUUCACCUAUGGCAGGUGUGGCGGCAACGACAACAACUUCGAAAAUGCGGAGCAAUGCCAAGCCGCAUGCGUCAAGAACGCCACCAAAGUUGACUGCUCUUUGAAACCCGAGGUAGGAAAGUGCAAAGCGCAGAUACCUCGCCUGUAUUAUGACACAGAGUCCAACACGUGCAAGGAGUUCAUUUAUGGGGGAUGUGAAGGCAACUCCAACAACUUUGGGACCGUGGAGGAGUGUGACAAGGCAUGUGUGUCUAUGACACGAACUGCAGACUACUGCUAUUUAGCCAAACAAGAGGGUCCAUGCAAAGGAAACAUCCAAAGAUUCUACUUUGAUCCUCGUGCUAACACGUGCAAGGAAUUUAUCUAUGGUGGCUGUGAAGGCAAUGAUAACAGGUUUGCUACGUUUGAAGAAUGUGAAAAAGAUUGCAUACGAAAAAGUACAGACAACAUAUGCGAACUUAAAUCUGACGCAGGAAAUUGCAAAGGUAUGAUAUUUCGCUACUACUACAACUCUGAAACACAGACGUGUGGGGAGUUUCGUUAUGGAGGAUGUGGGGGUAACGAGAACAAUUUUGAAACUCUAGAAGAGUGUGAGGACAGGUGUGGGAAUCAUGCUCCAGUCUCCAUAGAAACCAGCUUUGUUUUGCUGAUAGUUCUGGUGACUCAUAUUUUUGGAAAGGAUAUUCUGGCAUUUCUAUCUUUGUAG